UGGGCGGCUGCUAAGAGCGAUGGCGGUAGCGGCGGAGCGGAUGUUUUCUGGUUUUUAAUACAAGAGAACCAACCGCAACCUCUCCGCUAUGAAGAAGAAGCUGUAAAACAUAAGCGCGGACAUCUUUUUUCGAACGCGACCAGGAUACUCUGGUUUUUAAGUAAACUCUUAACUUCCGUCUUGUUCACGUUAGCCGCUAGCUGUUAGCCGUUAGCUACUAGCUAGUAGUAGCCAACUGUCCCCCGAUCCGUUCCGCGGCGUUGAUGACGUUUCCUCAGCGCACAGAAGGGUUUUAGUCACAUUAAUUAGUGGCGCUUCCGCGGGGGGGGUUUGGACCCCACAGUCACCAUGAGGACCCUUCCUCUCGUCGCAGCCCUUUUCUUUCUUCACACGGGCCACUGCGCCGUUAAGCCGCCUGUGGAAGAGGAGCCGGAGCUCGAGACCCUACGUGACAUGCUGUCAGACUUCGAGGUUCUCCCCAUGUCCAGCCUACGUCAGCACUCUGUUAGGAAAAGGGAAGUCGCAGCUGCGUCCCAGAUGGAAAAGCUGUUCAGCUUUUCAGCUCUCAACAGGCAUUUUAACCUGUACUUGACGACUAACCGGGAGCUGUUCACCAAAGAAUUCAAAGCAGUGUUUGUAGACGGCAAGGGGAAGGAACACGAGUACGAGGUCCCGAUUCAGAACUUCUUCAGCGGGCAUGUUGUAGGGGAGGAGCACUCCCGAGUGCAGGCACACAUAGACGGAAACGAAUUCUCCGCACACAUUCUGACUGAUGAAGCAGAGUACAAUGUUGAGCCCCUGUGGAGGUUUACAAACACACCCCAUGAUGACAGGCUGCUAGUCUACCGCUCAGAGGACAUCAAGAACAUCAGCCGGCUUGUGUCGCCCAAGGUGUGCGGAUACGUGAAGGCGGAGGCCCAGGACCUGGUGCCAGAAGGGGCGACUGAUGUCGAGAGUAAGGAGAAAGAAGGGCACCUCCAUAGGGAGAAGAGGCAGACCCACAACCACAAGAAGAACACCUGUCCUCUGCUGUUGGUGGCAGACUACCGCUUCUUCCAGCACAUGGGCCGCAGAGAGGAAAGCACCACCCUCAACUACCUGAUCGAGCUGAUUGACCGAGUGGAUGACAUCUACAGGAACACAUCCUGGGAUGAGGAGUACAAAGGAUACGGUGUGCAGAUCCAGCAGAUCAUCAUCAACAAGGAACCCACUCCUGUUCGACCUGGAAUUGCCCACUAUAACAUGUAUGGAAGUCCUGUAACCAACAAGGACGUGUGGGAUGUCAAGAAGCUCUUGGAGCAAUUCAGCUCUGACAUCGCGGACAAUGCCUCUACCGUGUGUCUGGCUCACCUCUUCACCUAUCAGGACUUUGAUGAGGGCACUUUGGGCCUGGCCUAUGUGGCCCCGCCCAAGCCACAUUUCCUGGGUGGCCUCUGUCCUAACGCGUACUUUCCAACAGCGACCAAGAAGCGGACUUACCUCAACACUGGUUUAACUAGUACCAAGAAUUAUGGGAAGACCAUUCUUACCAAAGAAGCAGACUUGGUGACCACUCAUGAGUUGGGCCACAACUUCGGAGCAGAGCAUGACCCUGACAACAUUCCCUACUGUGCUCCCAGCGAUGACCUCGGUGGGAAAUACGUCAUGUACCCCAUUGCAGUGAGCGGAGACCAUGUCAACAACAAGCGCUUUUCCAACUGCAGCAAGAUCUCCAUUGGAAAGACGCUGAGACACAAGGCCCCGCUGUGCUUCAGAGAGAGGGACAGCAAGGUGUGCGGGAACUCGCGUGUGGAGGACGGGGAGGACUGUGAUCCAGGUCUUCUCCACCUGACUGAUGAUCCCUGCUGCACCUCGUCCUGCAAGUUCAGGCCCGGGGUCCAGUGCAGUGAUCGAAACAGUCCCUGCUGCAAGAAUUGCAGCUUUGAGAAAGCAGGGAAGGUCUGUCAGGAGUCCAUCAACGCUACCUGCAAGGGGGAGUCCAAAUGCACAGGCAACAGCAGUUUGUGCCCGCCCCCCAUCAGCGCCCGCGACGACACGAUCUGCGUAGACAUGGGUCGCUGUCGCAACGGCGAGUGCAUUCCAUUCUGCCAGGCAAUUGAGAAGCUCGCGCCUUGUGCUUGUAACGAGACUGAUGACUCCUGUAAGGUCUGCUGCCGAGACAAGGCUGGGGUGUGCGCCCCCUUCAGGCAGAAGAACGGAGAAUUCCUGUUCCUUCGCAAGGGGAAGCCGUGCACUGUGGGCUUCUGUGAUGAGGGGGGGAAGUGCAUGAAACAGGUCCAGGAUGUCAUUGAAAGGCUGUGGGACUUCAUUGACAAACUAGAUAUCAACACAUUUGGGAAGUUUUUGGCGGACAAUAUAGUGGGCUCGGUGGUGGUUUUCUCUCUCCUCUUCUGGAUACCGCUGAGCAUCCUGGUGCACUGUGUGGAUAAAAGCCUUGACAAGGAAUAUGAGGAAAACAACAAGUCUCUAUUCUACCCCAGCCAGAUGUUGGAGGUGUGUAGUAGAACUCUGUCUACAGAACGCGGAGAUGCUGAGCAGCCUGGAGUCGGUCCCCGUGCGCAUCGUCAAGCCUCCGCCAAACGCGCUGUCGGCAGCCCGCUUCCAGCCCCAGCACCAGCCGCUGACCACGAGCACGCCACCCCUCGCCCCCUCCCUUACCCCGGCCGGCGGCGGGCCCAAACAGGAGCCGCUGCGAAUGGCCACCAUCCAGGAGGACCCCAGCUCCGACUCCCAUCUGGACGAGGACGCGCUGGAGGACGAGUUCCCUCCCAGCAGCUCCGCCAACAAAUCCUUCGAGGAUCUGACGGAACAGCCGCCGACACGCAGUGACAAAGCGCUGGCCUUUCGGCUGAAGAGACAGGCGCGCGUCGACAGCAAGGAGACCGAGUGCUGAGUGCGGAAGGCAGAACAUGAGGGUGCAGGAACACCAGCACUAAGGUGCACAGCAUUACACGAAAAGGACUGAUGCGCUUAGUUCAAUUCUAGAUGCAAAGAAUAUGCAAUUUUUUUUUUUUUUAUUAUAAAUAAGGAGAAAAUGUCACUUUGUCAUGUUUUUGUCAGGCUGUAAUGCCAGAGACUGCACUUAGAAAGUAAUGAUGCAAAAGAGGUCUGAAAAAACAAAUGCGAUGUGCCUUUGGUUACUGAGAUGCAGUAGAACCCCAGCUGUGCUCGCUCACUCAGGUGCUGCCGGGAAUGUUGACCACUGUCAUUCUCUGAUUUUUCUCCACAACUGUCCACUAAUUCAUGUUGGUAAAAAACUUAGACAAGCUUCAAACUCACCUCUGGUGAAUGGUAGUGAUUCUUUGGUGUAAACAAGUUGCUCGAAGGUGUUACAUUCUGUUGCGGUUCCUCCUCAUAGUUAAUUCUGUUUGUGUGUCUAGUUGCUUUUACGUUAACUAGUCUCACUGCGAAGGACAGGGAAGCAGAUUGGUGCUGCACAACUAUUUAGUAUUCACAGUAUGUACAUUCAUCCAAGUCAUUGUUAGGUAGCUGUUCCCGUCAGCAAGCAUGACUAGUGUGGACUGUCAGUGCAGUGUGAGAAUAUUUUGUGUAGAAUACACCCAAAAGGGGGCUGAUCCUGGGUUUGGCAGCCGUGGUCCUCUCAGGCCACAGGCUGAUUGAUUUGAUUGAUUUAAGCAGAAAGGAAGAGCAGGUUACCUACCCUGUGGCAGGUAAGGACCACAAUUCUCUGUCAGUGAGUGAGUAACACCCUCCUGCUUCAUGGUGAGCUGUUGCACCUGAAGGCUUGAGGUGCAAGUUGUGAUACCGUGUUUCACCACAUCUUGCGUUCCAGGCCAGCAGUGAUGGAGAACUAGUCCACUUGUUUGCUGCCCUAGCUGGUUGUUCCUGGAGUGAUUCACUCUGUACAGGUGGAAGCCACUGAGGACUGGACCGCUAUCUGCACAAGUUGUACGUAUUCGUGCUGGAGGAAGUGUUACUGCAGGACGGCGUUGGUGUGUUGGGUGCCACUGCUGCACUGAAAUAUAGCUGAUUUUAUGACGUUUAGAUUGAAAUUUUAUUUUCUUCUAGAAAAUAAAAUGAUCACCUGUUUUUUGUGUCAAGUGGGCCUGUCUUGUUUAAAAUUGUUUGAGCAUUCUUUCUAAGUGUCUGUGGUUUUCUCAAUCCUGUUAACAGCUCACUCUCAUAUGAACUACCUUUGAUCGGUUUGUCAUGCAGCUAGUUUAUCCGUUCACUUACUAAGUAAAUGUGGCUGUGAAUGAUUUUCUUCUUUUAAUCAGUAUAACUGUGGACAGCCCAUGAACUGACUGACUGCAACUUUGCUCCAACUCUAGUUUUUUGUAAUUACUUUGGAUUCAAAGUGUAUUCUGUUGUUGCCAAUGUGUUUUUUUUUGUUCUUUUUUUUUUUUUUGUCUCUGCCGAAUCAGUUUUGCCACACACACUUGUGAAGUCACUCUGAAAAGUGGUAUCCACCACUGGAACACCAUAAUCCAUACUGCUGACUGACUAAAGUAUUUGUGGUGGCCAUUUGAAACAUCUUGUAAGAUUUAUUUUAUUUACUGUAUUUAGAUAAUUUUCAGUUAUGGCCCUGUUGCCCUGCAAGUUAAAUGUGUGUGGGGAGGUGGCAUGAGUUACUGCCUGCUUCUUAAGGGUUCCUGUUGUCCUGAAGGAGCACCACAAUCCUGGAAGCCUACAGGGUUUGUUCAUUGUUUCCUGUGUGUAAUGUAUUUACACAAAAAGCCUUGAUGCUAAGAGCCAAGAUGUGACUUGUCCUUUUUAUUUUAAGCAUGACAGUGCACAAUGGAGGAAAAAAUUGAGUUGUUUUAACAUUAAACA